AUGAAGCCAAGCGCUUCAUCGGCACUCCUCAGUGCCUUCAAUGCGCUAAGGAUAUCUCCAACACCUUCCGUUCGAGCUUCGCUGCCAUCGACAACUCUUCUCCGUCCUUCACGGCUGGCCGUGGCUCCGCCUGCGCCCCAACAUGUCAGGCUAUUCUCCGCGACAGCCGUCCGGGCGGGCACCUGGCUAGAGCCCAGGAUUCCGCGGACGCAGAAGAUGCACAAAGGGCGGCCCAGGGUCGCUACGGGAGGAUCGACUAAGGGGACAACUGUGGUCUGGGGGGACUACGGUCUGCGAAUGUGGGAUCACCACCGCAGAAUCAGCGCGGCCCAGCUCAAGGUUGCCGAGGAUACCAUCAAGUCGCGGUUGCGUGGCCAGCGGUACCGGCUGUACAAGAGGGUUGCCUGCAAUGUCGGCGUUUUCGUCAGCGGAAACGAGAUGAGAAUGGGUAAAGGCAAGGGAUCCUUUGACCAUUGGGCGGCCAGAGUUGCCGUCAACCAAAUAAUUUUUGAGAUUAGGGGUCUGGUGCACGAGCAGGUCAUUCGCGAUGCUUUCCGGCUGGCGGGGAACAAGUUGCCAGGCCAGUACGAGUUCGUAAAGAAGGGUGACCCUCCUGUUGUGGGAAUCACCAAAUUGGAUGGCACAGUCACUAUGGAGGACCUAAAACGACCGAGGAAGAAGCUUCCGGCACCUGAGGCUACUGCUGCCCCGCCAUCUCCCGAUACGACAUCUAGCUCGGCCCCUCCUCCAUAAUCACGGGGCUGAUUUCCUCUCCAUGUACCAUAUGUAGACCAACAGAACUAAGGUAUCUUAUUCGCUCUAUGGAGCGAGGUUGUCGGACUCAGCGUGUGUGGAUUUCCAGCUGGGGGGGUUGGUAAAUAGCCGGACACGUCCUGGACGGACAGCACAUCACCUGAGAUGGUGAUAAACUUGUCAAUUUUACGCAGCCUAAUUCAAUUGCUGGAACGUAUGAUUUGGCAAUCAAUUGGGCGAAAUACAUACCUACUGUCUUCUUCCAUCUUGGGAAAGGAGAAAGCAGGUACAAACAAUACAAGGUCAAUUCAUGUGGCCCGUGCACCGCACCAUGGGAGC